AGGCUUCUCACUCUCGUCGGUGUCAAGUUCGGAAGAAGGUUGAAGUUUGCUGGUUGGAUCGAAAAGUGGUGGAAAAAAAACCCAGAUGCUGAUCUGUAACACAGCGUACAUAAUCUCCUGUUCCCCAAGAUUCAUUUCGGACUCUUCGGUUUAAAAAAAUUAACGUACACUUCUCGGAACUGGCAGCAACUUUUGGAUAACGGCCUAGGGAUACGACGGAUUAGUGAAAAAAUUGGUAUGCGUUGGAUAAAAUUCGAUAUUUUUCUUCCCACUUCCAGACGUUCCAACAAAGGCGAUCGUUCGCACCGGUGGUGGAGCCAUCAGGUAGUCGGAAGUGAGAGCGGAAGAAUUGGAUAAUUCGCAACGAAUUCCGUGAUAUUGUUGUGGACUUCCAUUCGUUGGUGAAAAAAUACAUGGAAAAUCCGAAAGAAGAAUCAAUCCGGACUCGCAGCUGUUGGAACCAGGGGGAAUGUUUUUUGGCCGCUUGAGGCUAGCUGUACAGUGAAAAUUAAAAAGGGAGAUGAUUCCAUUUUACUGGUAAAAAAUUAAUACAAGUAAGCUGUGUGAAGUGUUUGAGAGAAGAAGUGAUUUGAUAGGAACAAAAAAUAGUGAAUGACGUACAGUAUUUUGCAAAAUAUUGUUGAGAAGACGGUGGGACAGAUUGCAAAGGUGCUGUUCCGUGAACAUUUGGACGUUGUUUCACAGUUAUAAUUUAUUGCCAUUGGUUUGUUCAUUUCGUUAAAAUCAUAAUUUUCUUUUCCUUUUCUCCAUUCCGGUGCAACGACUGGAUGAUUGUUCCUGCUGCUUCCGCACUGCCGUAAUCGGUGUCUCGGACGGAAAAAAAAACGCGAAGAAUUUGCGAUGAUCGGAACAAUGAUUAUAUGAUGCUAUGGUGAUUUAUAUGCAUUUAAAAUUAGAUAUUGAAAACUCCCAUUUGAUGUAAUCGUGAACCUAACUACACGUACAUUGAACAAACACAACCAACGAAACAAUAACGUCGAAAGCUGUCUCAUACGUUUUAUUCGCAUACUGUAUGUAUGAUUGACUCGUGUGUAAUAAAAACAUCAUCGGACACUUGGGAAGAGACCUGAACUUACAGGUGAUCGGUUCGAGGAGAUACGAAUGCUGACGGAAAGAGAAACUAGUUAAUUCGAUCGAUUCAAAUACAUGCAAAUACGGUAAAAUAAUAAUUCGCGAAUGAUUAAACGAAAAGAAAAGUGAUAAAGGAAGUGAGGACCCACCACUUGGAGAUAUCGAGCAGCAGAGCAAUCGAUUUUCCUCGUGAUCCAGCUCGUGGGGAGACGGCAAGAGAGAGUGUAAGGAAACAGCUGAGAAGCGACCAAACGAAGCAACCGAGCCCACGUAGGAUAGAUGACAGAUUGCGGCUAAGGAAAUAAAGCAUAAAUACUAUGAAGUGAAGAAAAAAAACUAUCGUUGAUUAAUUUUGAGCGCGAAGGAAGAAUCGCACAAAGCAAGAACAAGAACAAAGGAUACAUUCCUGGAGAGGAAAAUUCUACCCCUUCUGUCUUUGGAUGUGGUUAGUAAGGGAGCGAGGGGGUGUGUAAAAGCGGAAAAGGUGGGAAAGUUCACGCAUUCACGCACGCGAGUGAAACAUCUGUUUGAACGAAUUGGAGUGAGAGAAUCGGUCAUACGGGAGCACGAAAGCAAGGAGAGCGACAACUGAGACACAGCAGGUUAACGACAGCGUUGCCAGAUCAACUGGUUGACUGGCAACUCUGUUGUUGAGCAUCGUUACGACCCGCAACCGGUAGGAAAAGCCGGCGGGAGGAGUGCGUGCAACGACGGUAGCACUCUCUCCACGCGACUGAAUAUAUUUUUUUGGGGACCCAGUUACAAACCGGCUUAGAAAAUAAAUUUUAAUCUGACGCUCGGUUGGUUCGGCGGUGCCUCUGAAAUGUCCGACACUGGCAGUGGACACGACGGAGCCCAAAAGGACUACUCGCAAAAAAUGGAUGGCGGAGGUGGCGGGGACUUUGACUCCGGGCAGCAGAGUCAGCAAACCGAACAGGAGCUCGCCACCAAGAUGCUGCAGAUCCAAUCGAAACGGUUCUAUCUGGAUGUAAAACAGAACCGGCGCGGUCGGUUCAUAAAGGUAGCGGAAAUCGGUGCCGAUGGAAGACGCAGCCAGAUCUUCCUGGCACUAUCCACGGCGGCCGAGUUUCGGGAUCAUUUGUCGACAUUCAGCGAUUAUUACGCUUCGCUGGGACCACCGAAUCCGGACAAUGUACCCGAAGAUGGCAAACUGAAGUCAGAAAUGAUGAUCAAGGAUAACCGGCGGUACUAUCUUGAUCUGAAGGAAAACGUGCGGGGCCGGUUUCUACGUGUGUCCCAAACGAUUACCCGCGGUGGUCCCCGAUCCCAGAUAGCAAUCCCUGCGCAGGGUAUGAUCGAAUUCCGCGAUGCGCUAACGGAUCUGCUGGAGGAAUUCGGUACGAACGACGGCGGAUUCAAGGGGGAACUGCCAGAGGGACGCCACAUGCGUGUGGACAACAAAAAUUUCUACUUCGACAUCGGACAGAACAGCCGGGGCAUCUAUAUGCGGGUGUCAGAGGUGAAAAGCAACUUCCGGACCGCGAUAACUGUCCCGGAAAAGUGUUGGUCGCGGUUCCGCGACAUCCUCAGCGAUUACUGCGACAAGAUGAAGAAAACGUCCGAGUCAACCACAUCGUCGAUCACUGCCGAUAACACAUUGCAGAAGCAAACAUCAAAUAAUAUGUAAAUUAGUGACGAGAGAGAGACAGAAUUUACCAUUCUUUGGCUAUUUCCCGCUUUCUUCAGUUUUAUUUUUCUUCUCACACGAUUAGGGUUUGAUUUAAUUUUCUCGACAAUUAUUGGGUUUUGUUUUGUUUUUAUUCUCUCUUUCCAUACAUGGUUUCUUUCGAAGAAAUGAUAAUAUACUAAAUUAUAAAGAUGAAAGAGAAUAAAAUAUAUAAUACAUUUAGCUACUAGAUGAGAGAGAUGCAGAUCUAAUCUGAGUAUAAAAAGCAGUUAUAAGAUUGAAAUCUUAAGGAAUAACCCAAAAACAGACAACCAACAAAAAAACACAAACACACGGAUAUAAAUUUAGAGCGACGCCGUAACGUAACGAACGUAUAGUUCAGUCCAAAUCAAUUCUUGUGCGUACGAAGACUUGAUUCUUUUUGGCGACGAAACUUCUUUAGUUCCAAUGACCCAUGAUAUAAGAUAUGAAAUAAGGCUCUGCAGAGGUAAAUUGAAAGUGUUGUAGGUUUUCAUUAGACAACAGCAAGUAGACUUUCGUUUCGUUUCAUUUUAUCGAAAAGCUCGGGGCUUUUACACCAGUGACGACGGUAAAAUUGACUCGUCAAGGAUUCCCACAAGAGUUGAUCCAGUUAAUUUACCAUAGCAAAACGAAAAACUAUAGCAAAAAUCAAGAAGGUGAAGUUGAACGUAGUCAAAUUCUUAGUUGGAGAUUGUGAAAACUAAAAGAAGAACAAAGCAAAAACAAAUUCCAAACAAAGUAAGAUGGAGAAAAAAACUCAAAUUAAAUUUAGCAAUCAGUUGAACAAAAGCAACACAACAAACUGCAGGCAAGUGAAUGGGAUACAAAACAGAUUAGGUAAGUGCCAGCCAUAGGAAACAGCCAACGUAAAAAUCUGUUUUUAUUUCUACUGAAUUCAAUAGAUUGAAGACAAGCGUGUGAGCAAAGCAAAACAAAUAUAUCUAAGCGUUUAAAAGUCCCUCUCCGAGCAAAGGUGAGGGAGCCAAAUGAUCCAUAACUUUGAACAAGCAAAGCAAAGCAGACAGACACAUGUAAAAGCUGGAUCGGAAAUAUUAUGACAAAGCCAAUAUAUAUCAUUGUUAAAUGUUACAACAUUAAAAGCAAGAGAUGAAAAUGAAGGAGGAGAAAGAUGAACAACUUCGACAAAGGGAAAGUUUUAAAUUAUGUUUCAGCUAAUGGCAAAGCAUUUCUAGGUUCGAACAACAAUAUAUUAGAUAAAGCCUUGUCACAAUGAUUUUUACCAUUGAUAAGUUUCUCUUGUACUCCAAAAAUAAUACUAAUUGAGUAUCGGGAAUCAUGCUUAGCAUUGAUAUAUGAUAUGGAAGCAAGUGAAAAAUAAAUAUCUGGUCAUCCGAUCGGAAAGCCUCCUAGAGGCGAGCGUGCGUAGAUCGGGACCAACAGCUGUGAUCUAAUAUCAAGGAAAAUAUCUAGGAAAUAAUAUGUUAAAACGAAAUCCGUUGAUAAGCGGAGCAAAAGAAAAAUUCUACUUAUAAUUACCAGCUCCCAGUUUUUUUGUUACGAAAGGCGCAACCGGUGGGUGACAACUGUAUUCUUAUACAAAUUGGCUGCCGCUCAGCCGGAUUGUGGCUUCAUUUGUUGACUGUUGAUUUUAUAUCUGUUUCACAAAAAGAAAGAGGGUUCGAUUUAGUGACAGCGACGUUUCUUCGUUACACAUGAGCCGGAAGGUUCCCGGAAUAAAUCGCCACAGAAAACGACUGCAACAGAAACCACCGCUUAUAAAAUGUGUAGUAGGCUAUAAAUAUUGUGGCGCGGUAUUGUAUUUCAAAACAAGAAUUAACCGGGCAAACGUAUCGCCCCAGGCAAACGUAACGCCCCGGGCAGACGUAUACCGUCCGACGCUCGCUAGAGCUCGGUCGGACAUUGCUAAAGGAUCGUAUCCUAUGUUUCAAACUAACCGGGCAAUCAGUGGAUCCCAGGUUUGCGUGCGAGACACCGCCGCUUCCGACGGCGGGUCGGCGGUGGACUCGGAUUGCGUCAUCUUGGCGGCAUGGGCCGCCUCGAUUCCUUAUCCUCGCCAAAUGGGGACUUCGUCCCCAUUACAUUGUCCUCAGAAUAAAUUUCGAAAAACGAGAACAAGAGAAUAAAUUUAUAAUAGAAAUGUGAGGCACAUGAUGUUUUUCCCGCGCCAAAUAUUUCUAGCCUACUACACUUUUUCUAAGCGGUUGUUUCUGUUGCAGUUGUUUACUGUGGCGAUUUAUUCCGGUCACCGAGCCGGAAUAUGGUUAUUUACCACGGGACAGCCUGGCGCCCCCUUUCGUACUCCCGAAGAUGGGUCGCCAUGAAGUGGUGUAGUCUUGUGAGACUUUCUGUUUGGUAGAAUCCUACGGGGGUAAAUUGAUCACCGGGGUGAAAUAGAUCAAACGUAGUUCUAGAAACAAACUGAAAUUUUUGAAGGUGUAAUGUAAUUAAUUUUUUUUUAUUUGACAUGUUUAAUAAUCAUCUGAGGCUAAACUUAUUCAUUCACGCUCAGCUGAUUCUUAUCGAGUUGUAACAGUAAUGAAAUAGCUGUAAUUAAUAUGGAAACAAGUGAGAAAAUUCAAUUUUGCUGAAAAGCACAAUGAAAGGCAACCUUUUUUCUUUAUUAGAAACUUUUUUUUUUUAGAAAGCUUUCAAUCGAAGCUUUGUUUGUUUGCUUUUCCAUGUUGCUUUCGGGAAAUAUAUGAGUGUUGUUGAAAUCAAGUCUUAGCUUCGUUCAAGAUGACCCGAACUUAGAAGCGAUUGGAUGCAAAAACUUAUUUAAACUAUUCAUCCUGAACAUUUGAACAAGCGGUGUCAGCAGUGAAAAAUUGUUUCAUUCGCGAAGCUGCUCGGAAGAGCGGAGGACAGAUCACACUUAGUCAGGCAGAAGAAAAUUACUUAUUUGAAAUAGCCUGAUUGGUCGGUGAAUGAGGAUUUCUAUUGAAUGUGUCGGACGUCAAACAGUUAUGUUAAGGUUUUUCAACAAUCUUCCCGUUGAUGAUUGGAUUUCCGGAUUCAUGGAACGCAUGAAGAGAAGGCUCUCAUCCCGCAUGACACAAAACAUCAAGAAAAAUCGCGCUAAGGUACGCCCAGCUGACAUUAGCGCAUAUUUCGACAAUCUUGCAAAGACAGUCAGCGACAUUCCGGCAGGAAAUAUCAUUGAUUAUGAUGAGACCAACUAUACCGAUGAAUCAGAAUCGACAAAAGUGAUUGUCAAGCGGGUCAGAAGCAUGUGGAUCUCAUUAUGGAUCGUUCGCAGAGCACUUAUUAUGAGAAUUGACUUUCAUCGCUCGAUUUGUAGCUUCCGAAUGCGGUUGGGAAUAAUGUGAGUUUUAUUUCCCGUCCCUCGACUUCGCCCCGCAAUCUUCCUUUACGAUCUUCCAUGUUGUAAAUUCGCUGUCCCGUGUUCCUUCGUCAUUUUUCUCAUUGAACGCACUGGAUUCGCCCGAAUCUUCCUUUUGAUGGCAGCGAAAACCCUCGUAAUCCGAGCUGACAUCGGUCACCUUCGCGGAUAGUUGUCCUUUCUUUUCUCGGGCUAAUACCCUUUUCACGGUCUAGCGGGACUCUCCCAUGGUGAUUUAAAUGUCUUUGCGCGUGGGACAAAUCACGAAUACGCUGUCACUUCGUCAUGGUGCAACUGCCAAACUAAGCAAAUCGGCUUGUUUUACUCGCAAUCUAUUAUUAUAUGAAUUGUAGCUUACGUGCAUGCAAAGAAAACCAAAGCAUUAUAUACACAGGUGAAACUGAAAUCUUAUUUGUACGAUGAUGCCAACAUUAUCACGCAUACGGUAAUAAUUGCUGAACAGCUGAACAGGAUACAAUCGUCGAGGAACAUCUGGUCAAUUUUUGUCCUCAGAUUACGAACGUUCUGAUAAUAAAUCCGAAGCGCAGAAACAAAAUCGUCAUUCACUGGAAACACGCUGGAAGACUCGCAUCGACAAUGGGAUCUGGUGUCAAUGGAUCCGCAUCAUCGCUACGAUGAUGAAGGCUGGAACGCGAGGUUGGAUCAGGCCAGAAAAUUUACGGCUGGAUAUAUGUUGUCUGGAGACCCCGUUUCCAACCAGAAGCUCAGAACCAGGACGACAGUGGUAACAGGAGCAGCAAAUUGGCACGACUGGGUCGGUCGGGGUUGAGGCUCCCUCAGUACCGGGGGCACUGCGUUCUGAUUAAAAAAGAAAUGUUGAAUUCGGAUGAUCAUGAGAACUUGGAACCUAAAAGCGACAGAGAGCGACAGCAACCAAAAAGGAAGCAAAAGCUAACUGCUCAACAGUUGUAUUGAAAAGCGCUAGUAUUUCGAGAAAUAAGAUUUUGCUUUGACUAAAGAGUGCCCCACACCGAAUUGCAUCACGGAAGAAACGCUGUAGAAAGUUACCUAGUCGACCGAUCUUUUCAAACUUUCAGACAAUAAAAUAUAACCCAUUUGGAAGCUUUUGGCAUGUUUAUUUCAUUCAACUUCAAUACCAUAACCGUAUGCUCGCACCUGGUUGCCACUUAUCUUUCAUGUCUUCCUCAGAUUUGACCUCUUUGGGAUGCUUUAGUGGUGCCUGCUUCAUAAUAGCUCAGUGUUUUUCGAUGGGCCUCGUGUUGCUUUAACAGAGGGAGCAGACGCUUAUGUUGACACUCCUUGAGGUAGAUCUGCCCGUUUACAGUCCCGGUGAGCAGAUCGCUUGCCGAAUCAUGUAUUUCUUGGCAAACAUUGAAUGUUUCUGCUUCCUUCCUCCGACACAUCGAAAUUGUGCUGGGCGGAGAAGAACAGUAGCCCCGGAAGCUGCUGGAAGUCCGCCUUGACGUAAGUCUCAUCAUCCAUACUUCUCACGCUGAAGAUCACGAGUUCAAUUCUCACUCUCGACAUUCUUCCAAAAAUGGAAGGCAAAAGUGACGAACCAACCAAAAGUGUUGAAAGUCACUAUAAUACAGAAAUAAAAAAAAAUAGGUGCUUGCGCAAAAUCAAUUCGCGACGUUGCUUUUCGCGUGACGCGUGUUCCAAUAUUCGAAAAACUGAUAGCGAUAAAAAUACAGUGUAAACAAUACACUCUAAAUGACUUCAAGAGAUUUUCAAGAGAAAAUACCCAAUGGGUAAUUUUCUACAGCGUUUUUUCCGUGAUGCAAUUUGAUGUGGGACUCCCUUCACUAGGAAUAAAUAUACAGUAGAACCCCGAUUAUCCGCGGAAUAGUCGGGCUAGCUCCCCGCGGAUUACGAAAAUCGCGGAUAACGCAAUAAAAGGCUAAAAAUAUGGCGCAAACACAAAAAUAAUAAUAUAUUUAUGCAUGAAAACUAUGUUUCAUCAACACAGAAAUCAUUAAACUAUUCAUCUGUAAGGUCGUGUAUACCAGUAAUCAGAUAAUGUGAAAGACAUGACCAAAACAAAAGAACAAGACCCUACCGCUCACUGGCAAAUUCUGGGAAGUUCUAUAGAAUUACAAAUGAACUCGCUCUCGCGGAUAAUCCGCACCGUGGAUCAUCCGCCUGCUGAUAAUCGAGGUUCUACUGUACUUUUCAAUAUACGAACUGAGUGGCGAAUUGAACUAACUGAUGGAAAAAUAUACCUGUGUAUGUGUGAAUGUUUGUUCGUAAGUACAAACGUUGCGGCUCAGUUUUCUCGGAAACGGCUGAAGCGAAUUGGAACCCGCCAUAUGGGGGGUCAAACUAGCUAGCGGGUGGUCUCCGGAUCAAAAUUUAGAUCGAUAUAUGAGAAAGGCAUGACUAUUCUUUUAGGUGGAUAAAAUCACGUUUUUGUGUCUUCGAAUUUGUGCAUGUUACACUAGAGAAUCAUGAAAAAUUAGAUUGAUCAAUUUCACCCCAAAGUUGUUUUAAAAUUUUCCAAAGUAAUGUUUAACGAGAUUUUACAAAAAAAAAAUCAACGUUUUGUGACGUUAGCAUUAGUGCUGAUUUUAAAAAUAAUUGAGCAUUAAUUAAACAAAAAAUCUCAGAAAUCUUUCAUUUUUUUCUGAAAACUGUGAUCAAUUUGCCCCGGGGUUUACGGUACCAGUAUUGUGAUCAAAAUGGCUCACGCCGCUCAGUCAGCUCAGUCAGAGAAAAGACAUACUGGCUGACAGAAAUGGUUCACGUCAGGAUGAGUAUUUGUUAAAAUAUAACUGUUAAAUUUCACACCGAAAUGGGAAGCUGCCACGGUGUUUUUAUGGCUAAUACACGAGAAUUCCGGCAAGUGAUGCUUGAAGAAUACGUUUAGGGUAUACGUUUGAAUGAAACAGGCUGUCGUUUGUCCCCUUAUUAUCAAUUGCUUUUUCCUUCGGUAAUCUGCGAAACAAAAUGCAAAUCAUUCGGAUUUUAUUAUUACUUAUUGGAAUGAUCGAAAAUUUUAGCAGCUUUUGAUGAUUAAAAAAGUUUAUCUGGAAAAGUUGUGUUAGUGAUACUUUUUAGGUGCACAACUUUUAGCAAUAUAUAUUCGACCUAAUUGGGUUUGACUUAUUUCUCUAGCAUUGUUUUUCAAAUUUUGUAAUAAAACACGUUUCGAUUGUCGCUUAAAAUUUCGCAAAGCGCAGAACAAAUUAUAUCUAUAUAGGGAAUAUCAACAUUGAUAUGGCUCUAUAGCCACAUUGCAUGACCGGCAGGCCGGGACGAAUAUAGGGCCUUUCGAUUGAAUAUUUUGAAGGGCAACACACACGGGACAGAAGCAUGAUUUUCGAGUACUAGUUUCCGCAUCAAAUUUCUCCCUUAGCAAAAAAAAAAAGAGUAUGCAUUAUCUAUCCAACCGUAUAGCCAUUGUUGAUUUAGGUCAGUUGUUUCCACUUUGGUUGUCAGAACCUUUUAUAUGAGUUGUGCAACGGAACACGAUAGUUUUGGGUGGAUUAACACGAGGACGAUGGUUAUGAAUCACAUACAACUGGACUUGAAGCGGUUGAAAAAUACACCUACACACACAGGUUGAAGCGAAAAGCAAACACACACACACACACACAUACACACGAUGAGCAACAAAAUUGGAGCACACACUCAACGGAAAACUUGUUUUUGUUUUGGGAAACAGCAUGGUGUGAAGCAUUUUAUGAAUUUGGAACCUGAAGAAACAAUAAAACAAACAAAAAAAGUUGCAAGCAAAAUGACGGUUCUUUUUUAAAAACAAACAAAAAGCGCGAAAGCAGAUUAUUAUCGAUUAUAAAAUGAAUUAUUAUCUACUGCUACCAUUACGACAACAAGAAAAUUAACUAUAUUAUGAAUAUUGUGAAGAAUUUUAACUUAUGUUGUCUUUUUCUCAAGUCUAUUAUAGCGAUAAAGAAAUAAUAAAUAUAGUAAUGAACAAAAAAAAAACGACAGAUAGGAGGACAAAUAAUGAAAAAGAGAAAAAAUACAAAAAUAUAAGAGAAAAAAUAUAGUAGGUAUAUGAUAAUGAUAAAAUGUUCCCAAAUCGAAAUGUUCAGUUUUUAGUCUCAGUACAACAAACUGUGAGUAUCUUCGUUUGUAAUCGAAUGAGUAGGCUGCGAAAUUAGGGCUAAUGUUUUCACCUCCCAAUUUAGCGCAUUCGAAAUGCUUGCAAUAUUUGCCUAGCAGGACAGAACAAGCGGCGUAUUCCUUUCGAUCUGACAUUAAUCCUGUUAAUCUUGGUUCACCGGAUACACACACAACAAAAACGUACACCACACGUAUACACAUACAAUUCUUACUGAUUUUGUGUCAUUCCUAGAGCGGAUUACCCUGUGCGGUGAAGGCAAAACAAAAGUUGAACUAUUAUUAGAAGACAUUAAACGCCAGAAGAAGUAAAAAACUAAUCAAAAUCGUCAUUUUUAAUCACCAUUCGCCAUAAUGGCGAUCGAAAUAGGCUACAACCGGCCCCCAACCCACCCACAAGCGUAGGUGUGUCGAGAGAUAUUUUUCCGUUUCUCUAUCAAUCUGCUACAGGGUGAUCGGUUUCCACUCUGUUUCAGUUGAACAAUAGUAGCGCGCUAUACGUAAAACAAACAUAGGAAAACGAAUGCUGUUCGCCAUUCAGCAAAUAAGAAGAAAAAAAACGACAAAUAGAUGAAACAUUCAAUAAAAAUAUAAUUAACUAGUUUUCCCUAACGCAAUAGCAAACCAACAAACAGAAGAGACACCCGCACGAAGUUUUUUGAUUUUUCGUCGCAAUCCAUCACAACAAUAACAACAACUUGGGUUCGAGAGAUUUAAAAUGCUAUUUUAUGUUUUAAGGUAACUUAUUUUUUAUUUUUGUUUUCUAUUUAUAACUCUCCUAGGCGCUAUCCUUCAACGUUUUCUCGCCUCCCGGCAAUAAACGCGCGUGCCAGUGUCCAGCAAUCUGUGUUUUGCCAUCGAUCACGGCAUUUGAUUUUGUUUUUCAGCGAGCAUUACAUUUUUUUAUAUUCAUAUUGGUUCGCUUAUAUCUCAUUAUCAAAUUCAGCACUGGCAGCGGCUCGUCCUUUUUAUUUUUGUUCUUGUUGAAUUUCUCACGUGAUAACUUCGUUUAUUUUACAUGUUUUAUUUAUGCUUUUUUGUUCCCGUAGUUAUUAUUACAAAUUGGAGAAAAUGCAACAUCUCUGACCUACCUUUAUCGAUAACACAUGAAAAAGCGAUAUAAAAAAUAAGAAGAAAAAUGAACAUAUUUUUAGGAAAAAUGAAGUUUUUCGGUUUGAUUUUUUAUAUAGGAAUCUAAAUUAUUCAAUGAGUUUAUAAACGCUUUUCCUGAAAAUAAAGAAGAAUUAAAAAAAAACAAAGAAGAUAGAGGAAAAAAAUCAUUAAGAACAAAUGAAUAAAAUAAAGAAAAAAGAAUGAAAACACACAAAAAAAAAAGGUUGAUGCUAGACACAACAAACAAAAAAAAGGAUAACGCUGUAGAGUUCGCGAAUCAAAUGAUCAAUCUUGAUAAACGGUUUUAUUCUUUGAUUAAGAUACUAGAGAAAGGCAUAACAGACAAACAAAAAGAGAAAGAACAGAGAACAACUAGAGCACGGCAUUGAGAAAUAGUGAUGUAGAAUUCGGUGAAAAAAUAGGUGAUUUAUAUGAAUUAUCAACGGGGAUGAAUAAUUUGAGGGGUAUGAUGUGGAAUGUGUGUAAGCAGAAUUCAUUCGCGAUGAGGAGAAGGUCUGCUGAAUUGGUGAAACAGGCAUCGACUUUCGGCCUGUUUCCCAUUGAAAUUUCUUUUUUGAUAUACCUCCACACUGCAAUCAAAUGCAUUUGAAGAGUGGGGAAGAACGAAAAGGGCACCUUUGACGAAAAUCACACAUGAAUUACUUAUUACCACAUUUUAUUAUCGUGUAAGAACAAUUACAAGAAAUAAUACUACACUUAAAAGAUUCGUGCAAACACUAGCAACCAUGUGGGCAACAAGGAAAUAACGUGAAAUGAUUUAAGCAGUAAUAACCACCACAGAAUCCCAAACAAGACCGAACCGAACGACACUGGAAAGAGGAAACCCAUAUUUAGCAGUUACAAGUAAGAGACAAAACAUGCAGAAGUGGAUAAAACUAGUGUUGUAAUGGAUUAAGGAAUAAACAAGUCGACAGCUUAAACAAAAGGUGUUUUGAUUAUUUGAUUCAGGUGUUACAAUGUUAGUAGGAAAUAUACUAAUAAAUGUGAUUACAAACAACAAAACCAAUAAGUGUG